CACUCAAUUAAGAGACUCGCCGUCGUCUCAUUCAAACGAUGUCCGCGCGACAAAUCACAGAUUUUUGCCGAAUUCCGCACUCUGCGACCGCGUCGAAGACCGAGGGGAAGCGAUUUACUUUUUAGAGCCACACUUUCGCGUUGAACUCGCUCAGAAAACUGCACUUUUGACGCAACUUGUGGACAAUAAGCGGAGGUUCCUGCAGUAUUUACUGUGGAUUUAUUUGUAGAUUGCCUUCCAAUAUAGGCUUCUUCUUGGUUUUGUCUGCUUUACUUCUGGUUCUUCAUGAUCCAAGCUAUAACUUUAUACUAGGCUUGGUCAGUGUUUACUCUAAAUCCAAUCCCCAAAAAAGAUUCGGUACCUGAACUUGGAUGAGCUUCCUGAUGAGAGACCCGGUCAUACCAGGAACAAGUAUGGCUUAUCAUCCGUUCAUACCGCACCGGGGUCCGGACUUUGCCAUGAGUGCAAUGCUGGGUCACCAGCCGCCCUUCUUCCCGGCCCUGGCGCUCCCUCACAACGGAUCCCUCUCUCUGCCGGGCGGCCUGGGGAAGCCGAUCAUGGACCAGCUGAUGGGCGCCGCGGAGACGGGCCUGCACUUCUCCUCGCUUGGGCACCAGGCGGCUGCGGCCCACCUCCGGCCUCUGAAGACUCUGGAGCCAGAGGAAGAGGUGGAGGACGACCCCAAAGUGCACCUAGAAGCUAAAGAACUCUGGGAACUCUUUCACAAGCGAGGCACUGAAAUGGUGAUCACUAAAUCUGGAAGGCGAAUGUUCCCCCCGUUUAAAGUGAGAUGCACUGGGCUGGACAAAAAGGCCAAAUACAUUCUCUUAAUGGACAUUGUUGCAGCCGACGACUGCAGGUAUAAAUUUCACAACUCUCGCUGGAUGGUGGCGGGCAAAGCCGACCCCGAGAUGCCCAAGAGGAUGUACAUUCACCCGGACAGCCCCGCCACGGGCGAGCAGUGGAUGUCAAAAGUCGUCAAUUUUCACAAACUCAAAUUGACCAAUAACAUCUCCGACAAGCACGGAUUUGUAAGUUCUACUAAUACCAUACUAAACUCCAUGCACAAAUACCAGCCCCGCUUUCACAUCGUGAGGGCCAACGAUAUUCUUAAACUACCCUACAGUACUUUCAGGACUUAUGUUUUUCCUGAAACGGAUUUCAUUGCGGUGACUGCAUAUCAGAACGACAAGAUAACCCAAUUGAAAAUUGACCAUAAUCCGUUUGCAAAAGGCUUCCGUGAUACUGGAAACGGAAGACGGGAAAAGAGGAAACAGCUCGCGCUCCAGUCCAUGCGCUCCUACGAGGAGCAGCAGAAGAAGGAGAACGGAGCAUCGGACGAUUCAUCUGGAGAGCAGGCCCCGUUCAAGAGCUUCCCUCAGGCCGCCUCCCCGGCUGUUUCCACCGUACCGCACCUCAAAGACUUCUGUGAGAGCGACGAGGACAGCGAUGAUGAGGACAAGGACGGCCACAUGAAGGACCUCCCCGACUCCAGCAAAAUCUCCACCACCACGGAGGAGGGGCGGGACCCCGAGGCGCAGCUCGCCGGGGGCCAUGCCUUCUGCAGCAGCGACUCCACCAGUAGCCGGUCCCGCGGCGACUCCAACACCACCUCGACCACCUCAAGGACGGAGAAGAGCCACGCCGACUCCAGGCACAGCCCUGUCACUGCCAUCUCCAGCACCACCCGCUCCGGAGAAGACCUCAAGAGCCCGGGCAGGGACCCGGGGAGCCUGAAGGCGGAGGAGUGCAGCCGGUCCGUGGGGGGCGGCGGCAAGGACGGCUACAUGCCCCUCAGCAUGCACUCGGACCCCCCGCACCUCGGACACGGCCACCUGCAUAACUUUGGGUUCCCAACGGGGCUGGGCGGUCAGCAGUUCUUCAACCACCCCUUCCUGCUGCACCCGGGCCAGUUCAACAUGGGAGGGGCCUUCUCCAACAUGGCCGCUGCGGGCAUGGGCCCUCUGCUGGCGGCGGUUUCGUCGGGCGGGGUCAGCACCAUGGAUACGGCCAGCAUGGCGGCGGCGUCGGCCCAGGGCCUGGGUGGAGGGCACGGCCUGCCGUUCCAUCUGCAGCAACAUGUCCUGGCAUCGCAGGGUCUGGCCAUGUCUCCGUUCGGAGGUCUGUUCCCUUACCCCUACACCUACAUGGCGGCGGCCGCGGCCGCCUCUUCCGCCGCCGCCGCCGCCGCCUCCUCUUCGGUGCAUCGACACCCCUUCCUGAACGCGGUGCGGCCGCGACUCAGGUACAACCCGUACUCCCUACCCAUGAACAUGUCGGACAACACCCUGCUAACCACCGCGAUGCCAUCCUCGAUGGUCAGCAUCGGAGCAGAGCUGUUGAAAGGAGAAGGCAUAGCCCCGAGUCCCGUUUCUGGCUCUCAGGAUUCUACAUCGGAGGUGAACAGUCGCUCGUCAACUCUUUCGUCCGUUUCCAUGUCCCCCAAAACGUGCACGGAGAAGGAGUGCGCCAACGACUUACAGAGCAUCCAGCGCCUGGUCAGCGGCCUGGACUCGAGUCAGGACCGGCCGAGGAGCGUGUCCCCGUAGUACUUUUACACGCUUCUGGUUCCUUCUUUUCCCCCGUCAUUGUUGUUGGAUUUGAUUUUUUUGACCUUUUUGGAAAAAUAUGUUGAAGGUUAUAGAAAUAUUAUAAAUACAAAGUCUAAGAUCAGUAUUGGUUUAAGACAGAAAAAAAUCGAAAAAAAUGAAUAUUGAAAAAAAAAGAUUUUGAAAUGCACUUUGGUUAAUAGGCCUACAUAUCGGAUAUAUGUAUAUUUCUACUUUUGUUAAAUUAAAACAACACUUCCUUAUUUUUUUCUGUCAUUUGAAUACCAUACAAGUAUUGAAACUGAAUAGUUGGCAUGGAUGUGAGGCACAGAUAAGGGAGGUGUUGCUGCUGUGUAAUGUCCGACUUUUUGUUGUGUGCAGUUGCUAAGUCAACUAGAUGUGUGUUUAAUUAAUAUGCACUCAGAAUUUAUUUGACCUAUCAUAACUCACUUCAAUUGACCUUAUAAAAGGCUGCUGUAUUUCGUUAUGACCCUAUGAAUUGAUCGAUCAGCCUGGCGUAUCACUGCAGGUCAGAGGUGGCAUGCCGUGAAGCCCUCGCCUCUUCACAUUCUCUUUUAACGAGGCUGUCAAAUCAAAUUGCGACGAGAAAUUAAUGAAACAAUGUAGUCCACCCAUUUUCCUGUGGUUAAAAUGUUAAGUUAAAAUUUGGUAUACUUUCAUUGGUAGGCCUAUUCAUUUCAAUCCACCCGUGAAUGAGAUCGAUAGUGGCACCUCGGACCUGGUUGGGCCAUCAUGCAAAACCACUGCGGCGGAAGAGAUAGGCCAAUAGCAUGCGGACAUAUUCAGUUAUUAGUCAGUGGGCUAAAACAAAGAAAGGUAGUAUUGAUUAUUACGUGUAAAUAGUGAUAUAUAAAAUAUUUAUGUAAUUA